UUAUUAGUGAACAAAUUUUAUAACUGGCACACUGGUAAUGGCGGUCCAUUCCCUUGACGCUGGGGGGAAAAAAACGAAACGCAACUUGGCGAAAAAUUCGCAGCCGGAGAUGAAGACCAAAAUGGUAAGACGUUGAUGAUUGAUGGUAUUGCUAUGCUUGUGGCACUCACGCAUGUUUAUGGUAGCAUCAGAGCGGUUGUUUUAUUUGGAUUCUCCUUUUUUUUUUUUUCUACCGGGUUCCAUUGCACAAUAAACGGCAACAACAGUAUCCGUUCAGCCAAGGCAAUCAGUUGGCGCCGGGCACUUUCCCUUAAUUUGGACCAAUUUUUGUGCUUGACGAUUCAUGGUUGACAGGAUAACGAGGCAGAUCGGCUAAAUGAUCAGUAUUCGUUGGCGCUGGCGAUGUGCCAUGGGCAGAAUUCGC